AUGCCCAGCCGGAUGCCGCAAGGCCGCCGGCCGCCCGCCUCCCCGGGCGCUGGAGACCAGAGCCCGGAGCUCCAGCAGCGCCCCUCGGGCCCUGGCACGUCCCGCGCUCCCGGACGCCUCGAGUCUUCCUUCUCCGUCGAGGCCAUCCUGGCCAGGCCCGCCCGCAGCGCGCCCCCCGCCGCCGCCCGGAUGUCCCGCGCCGCCGCGGACCUCGGCUCGGCUCCCUCCCGGUUUCCCGCGACGUGGCUGCCGGCCUACCUGAGCGUGAGUCUCCCCCAGCCGUGCCCCCAGCUGCCCCGGACGGGGCUCCGCGUGGCUCGCUUCUGCGGCCUCCAAGGCCUUGGCCUCACAGGCUUAGAGUUGGCUCACUGCUCAGGCCUCUGGGGCACUCCAGACUGGGCUCCAGCCGAGGAACUUCAGGACACUGAGAGACCUCAAAAGAGAGUUCGGACUAUGUUUAACUUGAAGCAGCUGGAAGAGUUGGAGAAAGUGUUUACAAACCAGCACAAUCUGGUGGGGAAGAAGAGAGCCCAGCUGGCCGCCCAGCUCAACCUUACUGAGAACCAGGUGAGGGUCUGGUUCCAAAACCGCAGGGUCAAGUACCAGAAACAGCAAAGGCUAAAGCUACCAGCUGUGUCUGCCAUGGCUGCUGCCCAGGAUGAGCCCUCCAGCAGCUCUGACACCAGCAUCCAGCGAGAAGACACCAAAUCAGGAGUGGACAGCUGA